CAGUGAACAACUCUCCUUCGCUCGUGUGUGGCGUUUUGCUAACAGUGUGGCUAAUGUUUGAACUGGUGGAAACCGUGUGCUAGCAAAAGGAUACUGAAAAGGGGUUGAAGCUUCCUGAUUGUCCGACGGUUUGUGAUUGGAUCACUCGGCUGCUGGUGGAUGAAAGGUGCCGCACGCCCUUAGUUGCUCCGAAGUUCCGUUCGGUUAAUGAAAAUGUCAUUCUGUAAUUGAUUCGAGAUCUUAGUACCACACUGCAACCGUUGCCUCUGAUAGACGGUGUGCGUCGAACGGGGUGAAGACGACGAUAUCUCGAGUUUGUGUGUGAUGCGCGCAAUCAGUUAAUCGAGAAACGAAAAUUAUCAGCUUCCUGAUAACGAUUUAUUUUCGAUUUGCGUUCGACUUGUGGGAGGUUCAAUGUUUGAUACACGUGAGUUUAUAAAGGCUUAUUAUACUGUUUAGGUGUUUAUCUAGAUACAAGUGAGAUAAUUGAUUGACGAAAAACAAGUGUGAGCUCGGAAAACGGCACUGGCGGCCACGAUUAAGUGCAAGAUAAUUAAGCGACGAAACCCACUGGAAGAUAUUCUAAGGUGCAUGAAAAAAGAGUAUGAUGUGUACUGAAGAUGAUGAAUUUCUAGACGACAAGCGCAUGUUAGUGAUCCAUGUGGCCGAUGCCGAUGGCAGAGUUAAACUCAAAUAAAUGUGCAUUAAGGUAAUAUUGAGAUGUUAUGAUGCAUUAUUUUACUGUUGAGUGAAGCGUUAUUUGUUUUGUGUUUUGGUUCAGUAAUCUCGAUGUAUAGCGAAAGAUUGCUCAAGUAUACGCGUUCCAGACUUUUAUGUUGACCGAAAAUUCAAAAGGUGUUUGUUGUGCAUUUUGAAGUCAACUAAAUCAACUCAUUGGGAACCUUAGAAAUGCUUACCAUAAACGUGCUGCUGAAUCAGUGUCAAGUGAAUAAAGAAAAUAAAACAAUCUUUCGGAAGAUACAAUUAAUCAACCCCUUGUCAAACGCCAAGGACUGCUGCACUAGUCGCUGGGUUAUAGAAAAUCAGCGAUAGCAGAAGAUUACAAUAAAUAUAACAAAUCAAGCCGAGGAACGAGAGCAGUUUGCAUUGCAGAAAAAUAGAGAAAAGCGAAUUCUUUCGUAAUCAAUUUCUCUUCAUUAUUGCUUCGAGUGGUGUGAUUAUAAAGAUUUUUAUAUGUGUGUAUCAACUUGUUCGGAAAUAACUCCCGCAAUCUGGAUCGGUAGCUGUGUGUUCAGAAGUAGCAUUAACGAAUGUGACAUUUUCAUAAUAAAAAAUAAAAAGGUACAAUGAGGCCAAAUAAAUACGAUGUUACCACAGCUUACCGUCUAUGCCAAGAUUUUGUGCCUCCUGAUGGUGGUGAUGAUUGCGGGAGCAACACCCGGAAACGUAUAUCUACAAUCGGCCUGCUCAUCAAAGUUUGUCCGAAUAGCAAAAAAUGGCACUGUCUCUGCCGACGACAACGGACAAAGUGGUCCUCCGCAAACUUAUGUAAUAGAACCGUUUCUUUUGAAGCAAAGCAAUUUUACUAUAGGAGUAGCUAUACGUCGCAACGAAACCAAUAUGUACUUAUGUUUCGACAAAAACUGGAAAAUCAGAGGCAUGAAAAUCAAAAACAAUACAAUUGCAAAUCGUCCACGUUGCCACUUCUCCGAAUCCCUCAAACGAGGAUACUUUCGUUACCAAUCGGUUAUCAGCCAGACAAAGUAUCUCGGUUUCGUCGGCAGCGGUAAGCCAAUCAACUACAAAGUGAAACGUCACAUUGACGAAAAGUGCUACAAUUUCCAACGUUCCAACGCGUCCGACUUUUUCGAAAGCAACAACAAUAGCAGCAGCAGCAGCAACAGCAGGAGUACCAGUCCGGCGAAAGCGGCCCAUCCGCACCGGCACAAACACGGCAUGGGUGACCAGAAAAGAACGCGUGGCGGCAAAUUCAACUCGCAUCGAUCACAGAAUCUCGCCGAUCAGGGAGCUUCACCUUCGCAGCUACCUCCUUCUUCAAUGGGCAAUAACGGGCGCCUGCCGCGACCGUUACUGCUUGCCUCGGUGCCAUCCUAUCGGGUAGCCGUCGCCACGCCACCGAUGAGCAACGAUGUGCACACUACGACCUACAAGCCAACCAAAGUUGCAAGCACAAAGAAGCAAGUGAAGCCUUCGAAGCGACACGGGAAAACCAACAAACAGAAGCUUAUCUUGAACGGGAGUAGCAAUACUAGCAGUAGUGGAGGCAGCAGUAGCGACAAUAGCAGCAGCAGCAGACAUCCCCAUCGCCAUCUCCACGCUAAAAGGAAUAGCAAGCUGGGCUAUGGAAGGACAACGCCUAAUGCGUCUAGUUUUUAACGGCGACUGCUACAAACAACUUUGUGCGAAAAUAUCCCCCCUCACUCUCUCUAUCGUGAAACCGGAAAUCGCUGGAUGUGCGCUGCCAACGAGAUCGCUGCUGGUAACGUCGAUCUGCCUGGUUUAUUGCAUGCUCCGCAUUUCGUCACCUUUAUCUCUCUCUGUCAUCUCAAUUAGCCGUGUGUGUCUGUGACAGAUUGCUUGAGAUGGAUUACUUUUGUAUUAGAAUGUUACAAAACCGGGAAAGCUUUAUUAGAGUUAAAUUGAAACUAAGCAUCAAUGCAUCCUAGAGGUUUAUUAAACAAUUAUAUCAACACGCAGUUGCCAAACAUUCUUCAUUAAUGUUUCCGCUGAUUGUCUCUAAAGUAUUAUUUGUGAAAUGACUGACAACAUACACACAGAUACACAGAAUACAUAACAAAAGUUGCGUAAAGCGCUAAAAGUAAUGACAGUAAUGUAUUUAUAUUUGCUAGCAUGCAUUGCA